AUGGAUCCAACCAUCGUCACCCCAGAAGAGCUCAAGAUGUUUCAUUUGAUUGAUCGCGAGCUUUAUACUGUGCUUGCAAUGCACUUGUGUAUAGACCCGCUUGAAUGCAUGCAGGUGAUGGGCCUGUGGCUCUGGCUGGAGCGGAUGGGGUACGGCGAUAUAGUUCAAAAGAUGUUGGCUUUGCCCUUCAUUCUCAUCAAUGAACUGGCGGACGAGGCUUUCCUUUGCAUCAACUGCAUUCAAAACCCUAAUUUCGCCUCCUCGUCCGAUCUCAACGACAUUCCUAUGAUCCAAAGUCUUCUAGACAAGGAAAUCUCUCUCCAGUUCUUUCUAGAAGACAGAUCAACCAAGUCUCAAGCUUUUACCAAAGUGGUGAACGAAGUGUGUCUCACAGCACUAAGUGAUCUCAUGCACUUGGCCAUUCAGAGAAAUGCUACUCAAAGCUUGGUUGAUAAACACAUUUUGAGAAAUUUUCAGCCAUCUGUGAUUCACCCUGGAUUUGCUCCAAAUGGGUAUGGGCCGAAUUUGAUGCAGUCGUCCUCGGCCCAUUCUGAGGUGCCCCAAGAUAAUAGGACCAUGUUUGUGACAUUCUCUAAGGGGUACCCUGUGUUUGAAUGGGAGGUUAGGGAUUUCUUCACUAUGGCUUAUGGGGAAUGUAUUGAAGCUUUAUAUAUGCAAGAGGCUAAGAACAAUGAGCAAGCCUUGUUUGCUCGUAUUGUUUUUAAUAACUCUUCUAUCAUUGAUAUGAUUCUCGAAGGGGUGGACAAAGCAAAGUUUACCAUCAACGGGAAACAUGUUUGGGCUCGAAAAUUCGUGCCCAAACGCCCUAGAGCAUCGGUCAACACUUCGCAAUCGCCGCCGCCUCCGCCACACUCAAUGUCACCGCAGCCACCGCCACCCUCGCCUGAAGUUUGA